ACGGGGCCUAGCGUGUUAGUGAAAGAGGCGAUGGUAGUGCGAGGCCGUCGAGCCGUGAACGUCAAUCCCAUACGCGUACUACUAUAGAUGCAUCAAGAUACUCUCCUCGUUCGAAAGAGCGAGAGAGAUGGAAAGAGUAACGGAGCAGUGCAUGAGAUAAAGAGACGGCAAAAGGUAGUGGUGGUGGCGGCGAGGGCCACGGCGGCGAUAUGCUUGGUGUGGUAUAAAAAUGAAAUGGGGCAUUGGGUGAAAGUACUCUUGGCUUGAAUCGAGUCUUGUAUCAGAUCAGCCUGAGAAGCAGAGUUAGUGGUAAAAGUGCAAAGAUGGAAAUUUUGCUCACCCACUCGUAAGACAAAAAUUAUCGCAAAAAUAAUAAUAAAAUCACGUUUCGUGCUGUCCAUUGCCGCGUCAUUUCCGUUUCGUUCCGACAGUUUAGUUGACAGAUCGCAAAAUCACGUUUCGCGACUCGUUACGAACGAAAGUAUAUUCUUUCGCUAUUCGGUCAAUCAUACGGAGAUUUUGCUAUCCGCCAGUGUAAGAAAUUCCUUCGGAGGAUCAACAACUCGCCUUAUUCAACAUGACGCGACUUCUCGUCGCGUUUAUCUUCGCCCUCGCUACUCUCUCACCCUUUUUCACCCUUGCACUCGACAAUGGACUUGCCAGGACACCCCCCAUGGGAUGGCUUUCAUGGGAGAGAUUCAGGUGUAACACUGACUGCAAAAACGAUCCUGAGAACUGUAUCAGCGAUCGACUCUUUCGCACUAUGGCUGAUAUCGUAGUGGCUGAAGGAUAUGCAGCAGCCGGCUAUGAGUACAUAAACAUCGACGACUGCUGGCUGGAAAAAGAAAGAAACAGCGCUGGACAAUUAGUGGCUGAUAAAGAACGCUUUCCCUAUGGAAUUAAGAGCCUCUCAGAUUAUAUUCAUUCAAAAAAACUGAAAAUCGGUAUAUAUGAAGAUUUUGGAAAUUACACGUGUGCCGGAUACCCAGGAAUCUUGGGCUACUUGGAAACCGAUGCUGCUCUGUUCGGCGCUUGGGAAGUCGAUUAUGUGAAACUGGACGGUUGUUACGCUCAUCCUGCUGAGAUGGACAGAGGUUAUCCAGAAUUUGGUUUCUACCUCAACCAAACGGGGCGUCCAAUGGUGUACUCGUGCAGUUGGCCCGUUUAUCAAAUUUACGCCGGAAUGCGGCCAAAUUUCACAGCCAUUGCGGAGCACUGUAACGUGUGGCGUAACUUCGAUGAUAUUCAAGAUUCUUGGUCGAGCCUCGAGAGUAUUAUUGAUUACUUUGGAAACAAUCAAGAUGCGAUUGUACCAAACGCUGGUCCGGGACACUGGAACGAUCCGGACAUGUUAAUAAUUGGAAACUUCGGUUUAAGUUAUGAACAAAGCAAAACCCAAAUGGCUUUGUGGGCGAUUUUGGCUGCGCCUCUUCUUAUGUCUGUUGAUCUCCGAACUAUCAGACCUGAGUAUAAAGCGAUUUUACAAAAUAAAAAAAUCAUUGAUGUUGAUCAAGAUCUCUUGGGUAUUCAAGGUCGCAGAAUUUACAAGCACAAAGGAAUCGAAAUUUGGGCGAGACCUGUAAACCCGAUUUUUGAGGAUCCUCGGGACACAAUUUAUUACUCGUAUGCAAUUGCAUUUUUAAACCGACGUACCGAUGGCACACCUUCCGAUGUCUCUGUCACUCUCAGCGAGCUUGGUCUUCGCUAUCCCAAAGGAUACAAAGUCGAGGACCUGUAUGAGGAUGUGGAUUACGGUGUGCUGACUCCGCAGACAAAGAUAAAGGUAAAGGUGAAUCCAUCGGGUGUGGUGAUUCUACGAUGUGAUCUCCAACUCGAUCGUCAUCCUCUGUACUUGGAGAAUCAGUUUUCACGAUUCCCGUCGCCGGUCGAUCGAGUUUUUAAAAUACGCCAGAACUCUUUCGAGUAAAAAAGUGAAAAAAAAAACUUUGUAAUAUUUUUGUAUGAAUAAUGUGUACUCUAUGAAAUUACGUCGUUACCAUGUAGAUUUUAUAAGAUAUUCCGAAUUUAGAUAUGUGGAAAUACUCGUCGAUCGGAUUGAAAUGCAAAUCCGAACAUGUUGAGAGAAAAAAAAUGAAAAAGAAAGAAAAAAUGAAACUAGAGCGCGGCUCGCGCAAAAAAAAAUGUUGAGAAUAAAUUUUCGGGCCUCGAUUUCUCAAAA